CCGCCGGCUUUCCGAAUCGUCGUCAUUGCCUCGAGCCAGCCUCGAGUAAAGCUUUGUGGCAUACAUAUUCUUCUACAUUCACCUUCCAACAAACCCAGACAGCAAAGCACGUCGAGAUGUGCGCAUCCCAACGACAGCAGCCCUCAAGUCAGACAGACCUCGACAGCUCGAAGACAUCCUCUGAUCCCUCUUCGACCGAUGAUAAGAAACCUCUUUUUGAUGCGAGCCAGGUGACUGUGGUCUUCGUUCUCGGCGGUCCUGGAGCAGGGAAAGGCACACAAUGUGGAAAACUGGUCGACGAUUAUGGAUUCAAGCAUCUUUCGGCUGGCGACCUCCUUCGUGAAGAGCAAUCCAGAGAAGGUUCAGAGCUUGCAGAAAAGAUACACGAAUGGAUGAAUGAGGGCAAGGUCGUUCCUGUCGAGGUUAUCAUGACUCUGUUGAAGAAAGCUAUGGAAUCCUCUCUAUCCUCCCCACCCUCUUUACCCGGAUGGUCCUCCACCCAAGGCCGAUUCCUCAUCGACGGCUUUCCUCGAAAGAUGGAUCAAGCGACAGAGUUCGACGCCGACAUCUGUGAAGCCCAAGUCGUACUGUUCUUCGAAACAGAAGAGGAGAUCCUGGUGCAGAGGCUGAAGGGAAGAGGGAGAGAGGAUGAUAACGAAGAGAGUAUCAAGAAGAGACUACGUACAUACAAGGAAACAUCACUACCAGUCGUGGACUACUACCAAGAGAAGAAUAAGGUCCUCAAGAUCGACUGCUCCCCUUCCCCCGACCAAGUUUACAACACAGUCAAAGAAGAGCUUGGCGCACGUAUUCCUUUGGAGAAGUACCGAUAGUCAAAGUAGUCGGCCAGUAUACUAGUUGUACACCCAUCAUGAUCGCCAGAUAUCUUUGUAAAGGGAAUGAAAGACGUACUAAUGGUCCAAAGGAUGAAUCUACUACAAGAG